AUGGCUGAUGACAACCGAGCUAACAAUGCUGACAGCAAAGGCUCUGUCCGUCGAGCCAGAGAAAAGGCCCGCCAGCAGCAGAUGGAUGAAGAACAUGAGAUGACAGGGCGAAGUCACUCGAGCAACGGGAGGCGGCCUCCGCCUGUCACUACUGGCGGUCAACAGAGCCAUGGAGCCAAACGCUCUGUUGUACAGGACCCUGCAGCCAUGACCCGGCCGCGCCGGAAUACCAAUCCCUACGCUAAGGAAAUGGCAGAGGCACAAGCACAAGCGCAGGCGGCCUUGCAGCGGGCUGCCCGCCAGCCUAGCGCUGUCGAUACCUUUCUCAACGACUCCCGAGGCAGACGUUAUCCUCCAUCGAACCCAUACCACGGUGCUACUUCCUCGCCCCAGCAGCCAUCGUAUUCUCAUGGCUCAGACUACAACACCACAGCUCUACCAGUUCCUUCCAACGACCGGUCUCACCAUGGCCAGCUCCUUGCUCAUCCGGCUCCUGCGCGACGCUCCAACUCCAACCCAUCCCAGGGAAGCCGUCGUGACCCGCAAGGGAAUUUCUACCCAAUUGGAUCGACUGUCUCUCCAAUUCCAGAAGAGUUCCCUUCACCUGUACAGAGAAACGUCAAAUCCUUCGCGUCAAGCAAAGUGAUUCCAUCCAGUUGGGGUUCAGCCCCGUAUGAAACUGUCGAUCUCAAGUACGAAGAGAUGCCUGAAACAGUCCAUGGUACAGAUGGCGGGUCGUCAGCUUACAACGAAGACGAGAUGGCGCAGGCUCUCAAGGCUAAGUCUGCUCUUCGUACCAGAAACAAAGGCAGCGUCGAGCUGCCAACUGGCCCGAGACCUAGCUCCAGCCUUGCGAGACAGAUCAGCCUCGGGAAGAAAGGCAAAGGCGAGCUGCGGACGAUCAACAUCACCAAAAACGAUCCACCAUCGAUGCACAACCGUACCAUAAGCGAACGGUCUGUUGGUGUUCCAUCGGAAGUCGGCAGUGUUACCUCAAGUGGCACAAUCGGCAUAGCCAUCAACCCAUCGCUGCGUGCAAAUAUCCCUGACCACCACAUCCCGCCAUCGUUCCACAACCCUAGCGGCCAGCUGCGCCCAAGCCGGCUGCGCGCAAAUUCUCACUCUUCUGUCGAGUCGAUUGAUGAUCAAGAGGAGCCAGAAGGCGAUGAAGUGCCCAUAAUACACAAGCAGCCUACCAAUGACUCUGAGUUCAGAGACAUUGAGCUAGGUGGCUCACGCUCGGCUGGGCGCAGGGUUUCACAGUUUAGCGACCUGGCACCUCCUCCCGCGCUGAACAUCGAAGGGAAAGAGCCGGAGGUCAGAAGCAGCUUGACCAGCUUGCCAGAUCUAAUCCGCAGGGCCACCAAGUUGGCAUCGAACCUCGACCGUGGAAAGACAGCCAGCAAGGGCCCAGCGGGCAUCUUUGAAAUGACGAACGCAAAUGAUGCUAAGAACAAGGACCGUGGGUAUUCUGGUUCGAUCACCGAUAUCCUGGCUUCAUUCCCUCCACCUGGCAUCCAGACUCCCCGUACCAACUCUGCUCAUCCUGGCGAUGACUCCAAGGGCAAGAAUAAUGAGGUCGACGUUCCUCGGACCAGACGCCGGUUCUGUGGCUUGCCUGCGCCGGCUCUGAUUGUCUUCUGCAUCGGACUUGUUCUCUUGUUUGCUGCUAUAAUCACCAUUCCACUCGCUGUUGCUGGGAAACCACGUAACCAUUCGCCCUCACCCGAAAACAGCUGUGAGCUCCAGGCUCCUUGCAAGAACGGAGGCAUGAGCAUCGGAACUCCAGGCACCUGCAGCUGCGUCUGCCCCGAGGGUUACAGAGGCCACACCUGCGGCGUUCUUACUGACCGCGACUGCGUUAUCGCCGAGCUGAAGGAUAACCGCAAUCUCCGCAAUGAUGCCACUGUUGGCAGCGCAAUUCCAAGAAUCCUCCAGAACUCGCUCUCGAGCUUCGAAAUACCGCUUGAUAUUACAAAGAUCAUACAUCUUUUUGAAACUGAGGAUGUUUCUUGUACCAAUGAAAAUGCCUUGAUUACCUUCAAUAGCAGAAGCCAAAGGAGAGGACUGCCCAUGCCCAAGGAUCCUGCCAACGAGGCAACCAUGCUUGAAUAUGCAUUGCCGGGUCGCCGCCGUGCCGCAAAAGGCAAUGUAGCUGGCAGAGCCCCUCAGGAUCUCAUACCAACCACGACUUUUACGAUACAUACAACACCUACUCGCAGGCCGACCAGGACACCAUCGCCUACCACUACCAGGACAUCCUCUCCUACUCAAACUUCAACUACUACACGCCGCUCAUCGUCUUCUUCCACUUCCUCUCCUACUUCUACUAGUACUUCAAGUUCAACGACCUCUACUCCCACCCCUCCGCCGACGAUGGUCGACCCAUCCCAGAACGUGCUGGACUUCGCUCGGAUAGCAGUCCUUUACAUCUUUGAGAAGACCGAGCUUUUCAGCGCAGCGGAUGCAGCUCACAACGCUAUCCAGGAUGCUCUCAGACGACCAUCUGGACUGGAGAACGGCCUUCCCACUUUCAGGCCGGUGCAACUUGAAUAUGGUACUGAUACAUUCAUUCUGAGCUUUGACACUCUUUCCAUUACCUUCUUCGAGAAGGGAGCCCAAGGAGUUGUUGUUGGCGGUAAGAGUGAGAGUGGUGACGAUUCAUAA